AUGCUCGUACGUGGCGACACGAGUGACGAGACUCCGGUCUACUACUUUAAGAAGACUACGAAGACCAACGGCCAGGCGAAACAGUGGGUCCUGAAACUUGAAACGGAGCCGAUCUUCUACGGUCGUCUUGUUAGGACGACACAUUCUUGGGUUUUUCAUGAUAUUGAUGAAGAAAAAUACAACACGUAUUUUCGAAUGGUGUCAUGUCAAGACCCCUAG